AAUCCCCAAAAACCAUCUACAAAAUGACGAUUUACAACGUGUACAUAUUCGACAGAGAAGGCCAAUGCCUGUACUAUGACGAGUGGUUUCGUACGAAACAAUCGGGUCUCGCACCGAUUCAGGAGUAUAAGCUGGUGUUCGGAAUGAUGUUAUCGAUGAAAUCAUUUGUUGAUCGACUUGCAACCAAUGAUUCUAAUCAGACUGUCAAUUAUUAUAAAACCUCUGCCUACAAAAUGACAUUUCUCGAAUCGGCAACCAGCAUUAAAAUAAUGUUGAACACGGAUCCAAACGCCACAGGAAUUCGAGAUCUCCUUCAUAAAAUUUAUCAAACUUGGACAGAAACCGCCAAUAGUGCUGCAAAACUCGAACUUUUCGCCUCCAAUCCGCCGAAUGAAAAUUUUCUGAAAAAUCGUGUGAGGGAUAUUGUGAUGAAGCAUCCGGCUUAUGUUUAGAGUUUUUUUGGAGCCGUCUUCUUCUUCUCUGCCUUCAUCACUGAUACGAAACAUACACAGCUCCCUUGUGACUCGCCUGUCCUUUUUUCUUUACUCUCGCUUCUCUGCGUCUCUCCGAUUUGCCCUUCAUUUGUCCUCUCUCUCUCCCCACCACCAUUUUCCUCUCUAAAUGUGAUAUUUGCAGAAUAUUGACAUUUUUUGCCUUUUUGUUUACCUGCUAUGCAAUUUAUAUAUCUGAAUUCACACGAGAUUUCGUAAUUUUUCAUAAUUUUUGGUUGGUUUUUUUUCAACAAUUUUUUUCUGGUGGUUUAUCAUUUGAAUUGUAAAUAUUUGUACUGCAUUCCCUUUUAUUUAUUUUCAAUUUUUUGCUAUAUCAUAAAAUUUUACUUUUU